AUGGGAACACGGAAGGGGCGGCGGGGCCGCUCCGUGGGCUCCGUCCCGCUGUGCGUCCCGGGGCCGCUGCCGUCGGGGUGCGGGUUCCGUCUCCUGGAUUCGCAUUGCCUGUGCGGGGAGCGGGAGGGGGUGGGCAGCUCAGACUGCCGAGGGCCGGAGAGGGGCAGCCCCGAGCGGGCGGUGCGGCCACCAAAACGCCCCGAGACGGAGCCGGAAUCCGGCGGGGCCGCGUCCUCGCGUCUCGGUGCUCGGCUGCGGGACGGCGUCCACUGCGGCGCCGGAGAGCCGCGCUUAACGCUGCGGCCGCACCCCCACGCACUCGCGCUGCUCUGCACUCCCCACGCUCUCUUUUCCUCCUCUCCCCCCGAGGGAUGUGCGGAGGGCCCCGGGCGGCCGCGGCCGCGUUGCUCCGAGCCGCCCCCGACCCCCGUGUUUUUGUUUCAAACAGCAGCGCCCGGGAGGAGGAGAGGGCGGCAGACGUACAGCCGCUUCCAGACGCUGGAGCUGGAGAAGGAGUUUCUCUUUAACCCCUAUCUGACCAGGAAGAGACGAAUCGAGGUGUCCCACGCCCUAGGACUCACCGAGCGGCAGGUAAAGAUCUGGUUUCAGAACAGGAGGAUGAAGUGGAAAAAGGAGAACAACAAGGACAAAUUCCCCGCUUCCAAGCAGGAGGGAAAGGAAGGGGAGGCCAAAAAGGAAACACAUGAUCUGGAAGACGACAGAGCCGAAAGCCAAACGAAUUAAAUUAAUUUUGCCCUAAAAGCCUUUGUGAAAGGCCAUCAGAAACGAGGAGCCCACGGCCGCCGCUCCGGGCCCGUCCCCGUCGUGUGCGUCCUUCGGGGUCGCGUCCCGCCCCACUGCGUGCUGUGUGGGUUUGGGUUUGGGUCUAACUGCAUCCGGAGCGAUCUCCAGAUGUCCGCUCGUCUACUCCUCCUGGAAAUCUGAUAGCGAGUUCGCAGCAAUACAUUUCUAAUGAGAUAUAUAUAGAUAGAUAGAUACAGAUACUAUUUUUUUCUUGCAAUAUUGAAAGGCAGUGAUCGCGACAUACACUUCCUAAUGAUAAACGCCAGUAAGCAAGACAUGUACCAAUGCUUUAUUAAUCAAACAAGUGCACUUGUGCUAUUUUAAUUCUUGUUAUUUUCUAAUCUCGAAUAAAUUAAAUAAAUUUAAUAAAUUUUGAAGAGCAAAUCUUAGAAAUAUAUGAAACUUUCUACUAUUGAUUUAAAUAAACCAAAAUUAUUCAAAUAUAAAAUAUAU